GUAUUAAUAACUAAUGUUGAUAAAAAAAAAUAGUAAUACAGACUUUGCGAAGUUAAGUUUUGCAGCCAUCAAUAUCGUACAUGUAAUAACUAGAUUAGCCUAUUUGCUAUAUAGAACAGUCAUUAAGAGAUUUUUUAUGUGUAUUACAAACUGAUGCAUAUGAAAGUAAGUUAAUGCCGUCUGAUGUAGCGUACGUCUCACUUACCUUUUUGCACCCUUUUAAAGCCACAAAUGAAUACUGAAGAGUUUAUUAUCACUGGAUUGUCCUUACCUUAACAAACAUGGACAACUCUUUAAAAUCGAUCAUUAAUUUUGAUCCGGUCAAACGUGCUUUGUUGCCCCUAAUAAAUGGACCACUGAUUGAUAUAUUUUUGAUCCAUCGUCAGAGCGUUAAUGAAUAUCGUGAAGCUCAACGUCGCUUAGAGGUUUAUCUUAAAACUCCUAAUGAAGAGGAAAUAGAGAAGUUUUUAAAGGAAGAUUUGAAGGAAUUAGAAUUAGAUGAAUCAACUACUUCAAACUAUAAGCAUAUUUUACCACUUAUAUUGAGAUUAUUUAACUUCCACCUUUUAGUUCCAAUAAAUUUUGAUCCUGUCUUAAAAGACGAUUUAUAUCGUCUGUUCAAAGAUUUAAUCCUUCUUAAUUUAAGAGAUAAGAAAUUGCGUGGAUAUUUUCAAUUAACUAUUAUUUUGAGUAUCAAGAUACCCAAUCUAAAACUUGAUACUUUAAAACACGCUCAAUAUGCUCCAGACUCAGUUAAAAGACUUAAACCAAAUCUCCCGGAAAUAAUAUCAUCCCCAAAAUCUUCUUUUAGAAGAUCUCAUCACCUUAAUUCUAUAAUUGGUUUGUUUAUUCCCAAAUUUAAUUCAAAUUCAACUAAAGUUAAUUUUGAUAAAUUAUCUGCAAAAGUAGAUAUGAAAAAACUUAAUAAAUUUGACUAUAGCUUACAUUUUAGAUUGGUGAGGCUGAAUCACUUGGAAAGCUCCAUUCAGCAUGCCUUUGAGUUUAAUGUUACCGAUAGAAUCAUAAGUGCGUUGACAUUAAAUUAUACUGAUGUACGGUGUGAGCCUCAACAUGCUUCGGAAGAAAUCAUUGAUUCCGGUAAAUAUACCAGAAUAAUUCCAGAUUUAAUGAUUACAAAUCAACCAUUAAGUAUUCCUAUCGAGUUAAAACGCAAAGAUUUGAAUGAAAGUUAUGUUAACUUCAUAAAUAAUGAAAAGACCGACUCAAAGGCAAGGGACUUUAUACACUGCUUUUCCCAAAGUAUUAGGGAAGCUAUAUCUCUUAAUAGUCAUUUAGCGUUCAUCUCAGAUUACUUAACUACGUAUUUAAUUGACAUUGAAAACCCUAUGGUUUCUGAGGAAACAAUUAUAGAUAAAAAUGACAUUAUGAGGGAGUUAGAUUGCCGGAUAUACGAUCUUUCUGAUGAGUCUGAAUUUUCCACUUGUACACAAUUAUUUAUCUAUUUACUUUCCUAUUUCCAAACGUGUAAAGGUGGAAGUCAAUUGCAAUAUCUAAUUGAACAGCAAAAUCUUAGUUCUUUAUAUCCAAGAAUCAAUUCUGAAAUUAUUAAAUACAAUACUGAAAUUGAACAAUUUUGCACCACUAGUCCAAUCGAUGAAAAUCACUUACCGGGUGAUACACCAACUCCACCUUCCAGCAGCGGUCUGAUUAUUUCCGAAUUACAAGGCAGCACCGAACUUAAAAUAACCCAAACUAGGAUUAAGACUCUUCGUAAAUCAAAUUUGAAGUCAACCACCAUGGAAGAAUUAAGAACAAAAUACAAGUUCUUGGAAAUAUUAUCUGGUAAUAAACUACAAAGUCGUAAUUCAAUAGUAUUUUUAGUCGAAGAUCUAACCUCACAUGAUCGCAAAGUUAUUAAAAUUUAUGACUCAUUUUGGAGUUGUGAAUUCCAAAUCAACCAAGAUAUUCUGGAUUGUUAUUUAGAGGCAUUAAAAUGCUUUAGCAAAGAAGUGUCGAGCUAUGAAAUUCUCAAAGGUAUAGAUGGUAUCCCUAAAUUUUAUUCAUCCGGUUUUUUAAACUCUAAAGUUGACAGCUAUAAAGAUGAAUUUGACGUUGAUAUUGAUCAAUUAGCUGGUUUUUUUUUAAUUAUAGAAUAUAUUGAUGGUAAACCUUUAAGUUGUUAUACUAUUGAAGAAAGACAGGCUUUUAAAUCAUGCUGUAAAAAGACUAUAGAUAUGGUUCACAAUUUGGGAAUAGUGCAUCAUGAUAUCCAUCUGGGUAACAUAAUGAUUAAACAAAAUCCUGAUGGAACUUAUACAGCCUAUGUCAUCGAUUUUGGAUACAGUGACCAAGCUAAUAAGAGAAAGGGAAGAAUAAGUAUAACUUCUCCCAAAUCUCGUAAGAGAUACAACGACACAAUUAAAUGUGACAAUGAUGACUACCUCCGAUGUUUUAGAGAGGAUCAGGAAACCUCUGGAAUUAGAAAAAGGUCCUUUACCAGAAUAUCAUCGGCCAGGUGAACUUUUUAAAUGAUUUGGUUAUUUAUUUCAUUCUUAUAAUUUAAUAUAUAUAUGCCUCUUAUUCAAUUAAACAGCAAUAUAGCUUAUAACCAACGAAUAUAAAAUCAAUAUACCAAAUGAGAUUGAUUGUUAGUCUCUAAAGUAUUGAUU